CCAGCAUGGCCACAGCUGCCUCCAGCCCCUACACUUUGCUCGGCUCCAGUCCCAUGAUUCACCCGGACAGUCAGGCCAUGCAGCCUGCAAGCCCCUACAGAGGACACCAGAAACUCCUGCACAGUGACUACCUGCAGAACGUCCAGAGCAACGGGCAUCCCCUCGGGCAUCAGUGGGCGAGCAAUCUAUCGGAUAGCAGCCCGUGGUCGGCCUCUAUGGAGCAGCAGGACGUCAAACCGGGAAGGGAAGACCUGCAGCUCGGCAUCAUCCAUCACCGCUCGCCGCACGUUGCUCAUCAUUCCCCGCACCACAACAACCAUGGCAACCACCCGGCGGCGUGGGGCACUCCGGUGUCCCACAACUCGUCCAUCAGCAGCGGGCAACAGAUUAACAUCUAUUCGCAGACGGGCUUCACUGUCAACGGCAUGCUGGAGCACGGCGGGCUCACUCCUCCGCCCAACCCGCAGGGCCAAGGCAUGCACCCAGGCCUCAGGGACACGCUCAGCCCCGAGCACAGCGACUUGAGUGGCCACCACUGCCACGACCACUCCGAUGAAGAGACGCCGACUUCGGACGAGCUGGAGCAUUUUGCCAAACAGUUCAAGCAGCGGAGGAUCAAGCUGGGCUUCACGCAGGCCGACGUGGGAUUGGCUCUGGGCACUCUCUACGGUAAUGUCUUUUCCCAAACGACCAUCUGCAGGUUCGAGGCUCUGCAGCUGAGCUUUAAAAACAUGUGCAAACUCAAGCCGCUGCUGAACAAGUGGUUGGAAGAGGCAGACUCAUCCACAGGCAGCUCGAGCAGUAUAGACAAGAUAGCAGCUCAGGGGAGGAAGAGGAAGAAGAGGACUUCCAUCGAGGUCAGCGUGAAGGGGGUCCUGGAGACGCACUUUCUCAAGUGCCCCAAACCCUCCGCGCAGGAAAUCACGUCGUUGGCAGACACGCUGCAGCUGGAGAAAGAGGUGGUCCGCGUGUGGUUCUGCAACCGGAGGCAGAAAGAGAAGCGCAUGACACCGCCUGGGGAGCCGCCGCCACCCCACGAGGGGCCCUAUUCCCACGGCGGGAGCGCGGGGGACGCGUCCUCUUGCCACGACCUCUGACCGCCGCUCCGGUCCGGGAGGGAUCAGCCCCAAGUCGGACUCUCGCGGUGCAGGUCCCGCCGGUACAGACUCCUCCAGACCCAGAAGACCUCCCUCCAGCAGCACCGGAGAUACCCGCUCAGCCUUGGCCUCUUUCGAAGCGCCACCAGAGCAUCGUUUCUCAUUUCAUGUCACUCCGUGCAGGGGCCGGUCAAAAUGUUUGGAUAUAAAAUACAAAAUGUGCCUAUAAUCUACCAGCGCCUUUAGUUUUUGUCUCCAUAAUCCGACAAACGGGACUGCUGUUUUGUUUUCUAUUUUACCUCCUUUUUAUUGUGGCAUGACACAAAUGAUUUUCUUAGAACCGAUUUGUUAUUACAGUGUUUGGGCACCACGUGUAAUUGUACUGUUCACUCGAGCUCACAAUCCUUCAAUGUCAUUAUUUUGUAACAUACUCGUAGAACAUCUGUGAUUUAUAUUAUUUUGCAGAUGCAAAUAGACCCUCAAUCCAGUGGUAUGUGACUGCCAACACAAUAGCACUUGAAAUCUAAUUUUUGCUCCUCCGUUGUGGCCUCUAUUUGACCAGGCCUCCACAAAAGUUAUUUAUAAAUUAUUUUGUUGUUGUUGCUUUCAUUCAUCUUCGACCAUUUAAACUGUGUAGACUCUGAACAAGAGCCGUGAAUAGAAAAAUGGGGUUGACGCUAUACACCUGCCUAUAAUUUUAUUGUAUGUUCAAUAUCCAAAUUUUAUAAUAUUAAAGACUCCCGUUAUUGGUUUAUUUCACAAGUAUUUUUUCGAAUAUUGUACAGUUUUAUAUAUUACCCUUUUGAAGUCAUUAAUUUAAACAAAUGCUCUUAGUUAUUCCUGCACUUAUAAUUAGCAAUGUAAAAAAAAUAUUUUCAGUAUAAGAUUGAACUGUUUCGGCGGUUUUAUUCCAAAUUUCGAUGACAGCUCAAGUAAUUAUUUAUUUUCAGUAUAAAGCUUGUAUUGUUUUGAAAUAAACUAUGUAUGUUGUAAUAAACAAUUUCUUGCUACAAUUGUUCCCUGUCCAAAAAUAAUUAAAGGUGAAUAAUAAUACAUUCUUAUAGUAGUAUUAUCAUCAUCCUCCAAUUAUUAUUUUAUUUCAGGUACAAUUUUAAUUCAGUUCUAACGAAACCCAUCAACCAUUACCGAUUUAUCGUUAACUCAAGUAACGAGUUAAAUAAACAAUCCAAAUCUUAUGGUGUGUUUAUAAAUAAACAGCAGCGUUCCCCCUUUGCGUGCAUGCAUGCAUGUUAUAAUUAUGUUUCCCCCUAAGGUUUUGGUGUCCCUCACAGCUGUAAAAUUUCCAAGUGGCUCGAUAGAUUCUUGGCUGAUCACUGGGAAAAAAAUGAAAUGCAUUCUGCAUGCAGUUCCUCUGAAAUGUUAUUGUCAGGGCCCUCUGCCCUCCUUGAUCAGACAUGCGUGAUGUAUCGGCUGGGCCAGUGGGCCUGACAGUACGCGCGUACACACACGCACACGCGUUGACACACGCACAAUCACGCACGCACAUACGCGCGCGCACACAGAAGCAGAUGAAUCUCAUUUCAAAGACUACAGCUCCGUAUAAUUGGCCAUGCGAAAGCAAAAUAGAGCUAUAUUCCCGCAAAAAAAACUGUGAAGCCUGAAAAUAAAUUAGGAAUGGUUUGAAAUAAGUAAAUGCAGCACUGUUUAAAUGAUUCAAAAAUAGAGCUGGAGAGGGAGAGUAAAGGAGGGAAAGGGGGGGAAAGGGUGCUAGGCCUUGCCUUGAAAACAGAAAGCCUGACUGGAAUACUAAUGUGUCUUGAAUUUAUGCAUCUCCUCAGUCUGCGGCCCUGGGAGGGGGUUGGGGGACACAGCAUGUAAGCGAGUGAGGAUGGAGGUAAAAGGGAACGAUUGUGACAAUAUAAAAGGGGAGAAAAGUACAAAACACAACAACUAAAUGUUUUAGUUGCAAAUGCUGAAUAUCAGGGCGACUUGGAUACGUCUGAUGGACGAGAACAAGCAAAUGAGCAGAAAAUCAAAAGUUUCGACAAGCAACCACAAUGCUUUACUUUGCUAUAGUUGGAGGCUGAAAACAUCGAAAUUCUGUCUGGAUGCACUUUUUUAAAGAAAGAUUAACUGAAUAACUCACUAGUGUAGAAAUGAUUGACUUUGGGAACACGUCAAGGACAAAAACGUAUAAGAGAAUUUCAGAGGGGGGAAAAUAUGGAUAUACACAUAUAUAUAUAUAUAUACACACACACACCCACACACUGUAUAUUUGUGUCCUCCAAUAUGUCAAUAUGUUUUAAAUUCAAUUAGCUCAUACUUUCAGUAAGAUCCAAGUGGUGACUUCAUGAUGCGAUGGAACGAUUCACUGCUUCUUUAUUUGUCAUCACUUCAAUUUAGCACAGACCAUUUUGGUUUCUUUUAAGGUCAUAGUGUUUUUAUGUCUCAAUUAAAGGUUAAAAUGAUGCAAUGAGCGGUCAGAACCUCAUUCAAAUGAAAUUUUGUUUUCAGAUUUUCAACCAAUUGGAAUUAAAGAGCUGUAAAAAAUGGUAAGUAAGCUUUAUUGUGAUAUAGGUCGAUAAAUGAGAAUUAAGUUACUUUUAAAAUACAACACACCAAACAGUAUCAUCUAUAAUCAGCACAAACAUUUGUAUACUGUAUAUGGUGGAAAACACU